CAGAGCCCCGCAGACAGGCGCCCGCCGCUGCCAGUGCAGCCCCGACGGCCGCCCAGCGACGCUGCUGCCGCAGCCACCGGGCCCCGAAGGCCACCAUGAAGAAGGAGGUGUGCUCGGUUGCCUUCUUCAAGGCUGUGUUCGCCGAGUUCCUGGCCACCCUCAUCUUCGUCUUCUUUGGCCUGGGCUCCGCACUCAAGUGGCCCUCGGCACUGCCCUCCAUCCUGCAGAUCUCCAUAGCCUUCGGUUUGGCCAUAGGUACCCUGGCCCAAGCCCUGGGACCUGUGAGUGGUGGCCACAUCAAUCCAGCCAUCACUCUAGCCCUCUUAGUAGGCAACCAGAUCUCGCUGCUCCGAGCUGCCUUCUACGUGGCAGCCCAGUUGGUGGGCGCCAUUGCUGGGGCAGGCAUCCUUUACUGGUUGGCACCAGUCAAUGCCCGGGGCAACCUGGCCAUCAAUUCGCUGAGCAACAACACAACAUCAGGCAAGGCUACAGUGGUGGAGUUAAUCUUGACCUUCCAGCUGGCGCUCUGCAUUUUCUCCUCCACUGACUCCCGGCGAACCAGCCCGGUGGGCUCCCCAGCCUUGUCCAUUGGCCUGUCCGUCACACUGGGCCACCUUGUGGGGAUCUACUUUACCGGCUGUUCCAUGAAUCCAGCCCGUUCUUUCGGCCCAGCGGUGGUCAUGAAUCGGUUCAGCCCCUCUCACUGGGUCUUCUGGGUAGGACCUAUUGUGGGGGCCGUCCUGGCUGCCCUUCUGUACUUCUACCUGCUCUUUCCCUCCUCCCUGAGCCUCAGCGACCGCGUGGCUGUCGUCAAAGGCACGUAUGAGCCGGAGGAAGACUGGGAAGAUCACCGAGAGGAGCGGAAAAAGACUAUAGAACUGACAGCGCACUGAGCAGCACCACCAGGCAGGGGCCAGGCCCUCCGCUCCUCAACUACUGGAGAAAAAAGAAUCAAAGCAGACCUCAAAGCAUCUCUCCCCGACGGUCCUCUUGGCUGG